AUGUUUACGUAUGGCCACAGGGAGCCUGGUAAGGUCGCAGCCGCUAUGUGGAAGGACUAUCUGGAAAAGAGUGGAGACGUAGACCCCAAACUUAAUAAGCCAUUGCGCCAUUACCCAGCACACCACUACAGGCGUGAUAUGAGACAGAAGGUUGGGUUGCAACGAAAGGCCUCUAAGUUGCAAAGUAUUCUACGCACAGCAACUACUCCUAACCCUAGAGACGAUUGUGCGAAUUUGGAUCCUAAGUUACACACACGAAUAUUGGAUGCAUUUAAGUUAUUUGAGGGGUGGCUAGAGGUAUCAAAUACGAGGCUGCGACGGCCAGACAAACAGGUGUCAGAGAGUCUGGUGAAGGGGUCGUACAUUUUCGCAAUCGGACCUUGUAUGUUUGUCUAUUUAUAA